AUGGAACUCCAGAACAUCUCACAGGUGUCAGAGUUUGUCCUCUUAGGGUUCUCGCAAACCCAGGAACUCCAGAAAUUCCUGUUCCUGGUGUUCCUAUUUGUCUAUGUCACCACCAUUGUGGGAAACCUUCUUAUCAUGGUCACAGUGACUUUUGACUCCCAGCUCCACAUGCCCAUGUACUUUCUGCUCCGAAACCUGGCUGUCAUAGACCUCUGCUAUUCCACAGUCACCUCCCCAAAGAUGCUGGUGGAUUUCUUUCAUGAGACCAAGACUAUUUCCUACCAAGGCUGUAUGGCCCAGAUCUUUUUCUUCCACCUCUUGGGAGGUGGGACUGUCUUCUUUCUCUCAGUGAUGGCCUAUGACCGCUACAUAGCCAUCUCCCGGCCCCUCCACUACGUCACCAUCAUGAACACUCGACUGUGUGUGGGGCUGGUGGUGGCUGCCUGGGCAGGGGGCUUCGUCCACUCCAUUGUCCAGGUGGCUCUGAUGCUCCCACUGCCUUUCUGUGGCCCCAAUGUCCUGGAUAACUUCUACUGUGACGUCCCACAAGUGCUGAGACUUGCCUGCACUGACACCUCCGUUCUGGAGUUCCUCAUGAUCUCCAACAGUGGGAUGCUGGUUCUCAUCUGGUUCCUCCUCCUUCUCAUCUCCUACACCGCCAUCCUGGUGAUGCUGAGGUCCCACUCAGGGCAGGCGAGGAGGAAGGCAGCUUCCACCUGCACCACCCACAUCAUCGUGGUGUCUAUGAUCUUCAUUCCAAGCAUUUACCUCUAUGCUGUAUUUAUAUAUGCCCGGCCCUUUACCCCAUUCCCCAUGGACAAGGCUGUGUCCAUCAGCUACACUGUCAUGACCCCCAUGCUUAACCCCAUGAUCUACACCUUGAGGAACCAGGAGAUGCAGGCGGCCAUGAAGAGAUUAGGCAAGCACCGAGUGAUUUGCAACUGA